UAUUCUGUUUGUCAUCUGAAAAAUAUUCACAGCACAAAAGAAAACCUCGCGAAGUUUGUGAACUAUAUCCAAGACGAUGUCAAUUAUUUCCAUCGAAGUUCCGAUACAGCCGUACGCUGGUCAGCUGCUGAUCAUCAGCGAUCUUAUCCUGCCGGACUCAGCUUCUCAGGAUGCAAACAAGUCAAAAGUGUCGGCGAAGAGAAGGCAACGGGCAUCCUUCUUUGACCGCAGCAGUAUCUAUAAAAAGCUAAUAAAGCAAUUGUCCCUGGGCCACCAGGCGGACGACAUCAGCAUUUCGGAGCAGGAAUCCCUCCUGGAUGCGUUUCUGGCCGCCUUGGAGACCUACAUGAAGCAUGUCGUCAAAAAGACCAUCGAAUUGUGCGAACAUCGAACGAGCUAUCACCUGUAUAACGACGCACGUUGUGUGAUGAAGAACGAUAUGAGGACCACGAUGAUGUUCCUCAACGAUCUGGAGAUGGCCGACUACGGAUCCUCGGACGAUGAUGCCGGGUUUUAUCGCAAGCGUCGCGCAGAGAACGGAGGCAAGGAGAGGAAGGUGGCUCGUCUGGAAUCGGUGAAUGAUACGGCCAUGUUAGCCAUCGGCGGUCGAAAGCGCCCGGCAGAGGCACUAGGUCCAGAAGCUGCUCCAAGUGGGUUGAAAGCCGGCCAAGUGGUGGGUACUCCCGUUCAGCGACCGUUUGCUCUGCGGUUCAAGCACCUGAACAUCAGGGAUGUGCUGCAGUUCAUGGAGGAGGACAGUCGCUACGCGCGGUCCAACAUGCUCUUCGAAGCUUACUUGAAAUACAAGUCAUAAAUUCAUCAAUUUGAAGUCUUUCCAUUCAUCCAUUUUUACAAAGAGCAGAUAGUUUCAU